GGUGUGUGCGCAGCCAGAGCCCCGACACCUUCCCAGCGGACGCAGGUCCCAUAAAUCCCCCAGCCCGCUGCAGACAGGGCAGCGGUGCCCAGCACCCCACGGAGGCUUCUCGGGUCACAGGUCCUGGCUGGUGGCGUCAGUGAGGCUCUCCUGCCACACCGGCCCAUACUCAGCUGCUUCACGCAGGGCCGCCGGAGGGGAUGGACUAUUCAUAUGAUGAGGACCUGGACGAACUCUGUCCGGUCUGCGGGGACAAGGUCUCCGGGUACCACUACGGGCUGCUCACCUGCGAGAGCUGCAAGGGCUUCUUCAAGCGGACGGUGCAGAACAACAAGCACUACACCUGCACCGAGAGCCAGAGCUGCAAGAUCGACAAGACCCAGCGCAAGCGCUGCCCCUACUGCCGCUUCCAGAAGUGCCUCACCGUGGGGAUGCGCCUGGAAGCUGUGCGUGCAGACAGGAUGCGUGGUGGGAGGAACAAGUUUGGACCCAUGUACAAGCGAGACCGUGCCUUAAAGCAGCAGAAGAAAGCUCUGAUACGUGCCAAUGGCUUCAAGCUGGAGACUGUGCCUCAGAUCAUGUCCCCAGUGCAGAACGACUACAGCCUGUCCUCCACCAUUCACAGCAUCCAUGCCAUGUCCAAGACCUUGCCGCCCAACCCUGCUGCCCUGACGCCCAUCGACUACGAGCGCAGCCCCUAUGGGACACCCUCCCUGGGAAUGACUGUGCCCAGCCACGUGCCGCUCUCUGGCUACCACUACCCCUCCUUCCCCAACCGCACCAUCAAGUCCGAGUACCCGGACCACUACACAAAUAUGCACGAGUCCAUGCCUGCCUAUAUGUACCCAGAGACCUACCCCAGCAGCUCCCCGCCUGACAUCCCCGAUGUCAUCCUGAAGCUGCUGCAGCUGGAGCCGGAUGAAGACCAGGUGAAGGCGCGGAUACUGGCCUGCCUGCAGCAAGAGCAAGGCAAAGGCCGGCAUGAGAAGCUCAGCACCUUCGGCCUUAUGUGCAAGAUGGCUGACCAGACCCUCUUCUCCAUUGUGGAAUGGGCACGGAGCUGCAUCUUCUUCAAGGAGCUGGAGGUGGGUGACCAGAUGAAGCUGCUGCAGAACUGCUGGAGCGAGCUGCUGGUGUUCGACCACAUCUACCGGCAGCUGCAGCACAGCAAGGAGCACAGUGUGCUGCUUGUCACCGGCCAGGAGGUGGACAUGUCAACCAUCACAGCCCAGGCGGGCUCCAUCCUGAACACGCUGGUGCUGCAGGCACAGGAGCUCGUCUUGCACUUGCACUCGCUCCAGGUGGAUCGGCAGGAGUUCGUCUGCCUCAAGUUCCUCAUCCUCUUCAGCCUUGACGUGAAGUACCUGGAGAACCACACGCUGGCUAAGGAUGCUCAGGAGAAGGCCAACGCAGCGCUGCUGGAGUACACCAUCUGCCACUAUCCCCACUCCACGGACAAGUUCCGCCAGCUGCUGCUGCGGCUGGCGGAGGUCCGGGCGCUGAGCAUGCAGGCAGAGGAGUACCUCUACCACAAGCACCUGAGCGGGGAGGUGCCCUGCAACAACCUCCUCAUCGAGAUGCUGCAUGCCAAGCGGACUUGAGUGCGGCCACCAGCACAGACCCGGCAGAGCUCGGGCGCUGCCAGCAGCGUGGCAGGGGCAGGACUUGCGCCCGGGGCUGGCGGACCAGUGCUGCCUCUCUACUCCGCCUUUCUCAGUGAUGCUGUUUAACCUGUACUAUUGGAAAGGUCCCAGAUGGUUUAUUUUAGUACACAGCAAGGACAUUUGAUGGCCGUGGGGCUGUGCGCUUGGCUGCCGGUCUGCCCCAUCAGCAGCGUGACCCCUGGCUCCUCUACACACGUGGUGCCCGACCUGUCGCCUGCCCAACCCGGCUCUGCAGCACGAAGGAAGGGUAAAGCCUGUCCUGGUUUUCUCCUGUUUAUGCUCCUCUCCUGCUGUCCCAACCAGCCAUUUCUCUACCGCUGCCAUCCCUCCCCAAACCCUGCCCCAUGUCUCAGGGCCCCUCGUGCACAGGGCAGGGGAGAGGUGAGGUAAACCCCCGGGGGUUGUGGUUUUGCAGCGGUUGGGGUGUUCCAAGGCACUGGCACGGAGGCAGAGGAUUUAUGCAAGAGCCAAGCAGAAUGCUGGGGUUGGGGCUGGAUUUGUCAGCCCCACACAGCCGUGUCGGCACCCCAAGGUGCACAUGAUAAGGUCCCCACUCCCGGGUCCCCGCAGCAUCGCUGUCUGCUCUGAGUGCCACUGCUGCCCCGGCCAAGCGAAGGUAGGCAGGGAUGGACCGUGCUGAGCCCUUGGCUGAGAUUUGUUUUCUCAGUGCUUGCCGGUGCCGGAGACAGCAGCUGUGGCUUUGCAGCCUGUGGCAGCCACCGUGCCUGGAGCUCACAGGUGUCCAUGGUCAGCACGCAUCUGGAAUGUCACAGCUUUGCUGCAGAGGCUCUAAGAGAUUCCAUACUUGGAGCAGGGGACUGUCCUCAGGACACUUUGGGCCCCUGGCUCUGCUGUUGCACCCUUGGUGCCAGCACAACAUCCCCAUGGCUGGAAAGCUUUGCAGGUCACAAUGCCCAGGUGGCAUCGGCACCACCGAGCUGGUUCCCAAAGCGCGAGGACAGGGUGGCCUGGGGAUGGCGUCCCCGAGCAGCGCAGGUCCUGUCUUGCUCCAGCCCUCAGCCAUGCCCAGGCAGCACCUGAAGAAGAGCCAAGGGGCAGGACAGGGCAGGGAUGGACCCUGUCCCCUUCCUGCCCGGGGGUGAUGGUGGUAGAGCAGCUGGGCAGGAGGGAGGUGCAGAGUCUGACCCUGCACUGCAGGUGCCAGGGCAGCGGCAGGUCCAGGCUGAAAACAGUCCAGAGCUGCUUCUGCACCAACAUGUGCCUGGGGGCUCAGGGGAGCUUUUCAGCCCCCUCCUGCAUUUACCUGCCCAUGUGUGUGGGUAAGGAGUAAUCAGAAUUGUCCUGUGCUUCGUGCCAGGCUGAGCCCCCAGACCCCCGUUGCAGUCUGCCGUGCCCCCAGGUGACAGCAAAUGUUGUGCCCAAGCUGCAAGCGAAGAGCUGUCGGUUCCCUCCCACCGGGACAGGGGCUGGCAUGCACACCUGGGCAGCGCUGGGGGGCUGCAGCCCCCCGAGCUGGGACGUGCCACACUCUUGCUGCUGCUUUCUCUUAGUCUCAGCCAUGCUCUCCUCUCCUGCCACUGGGCAGCCCAGCAUGGCCCCCCGCCACGGCCGGUCCCCCUGCUCUGCUGGGGCUCCUCAGCGCAGCUGGGGUGGGUUCAGGUUUGCUUUCCACGGUGGGUGUUUGCCCCUCACCUUGCACGGGCUUUCGGCUGCCCCAGCUCUGCACAGAGUUGGUGCCUUGAGGAGCUGCAGAUGCUGCGCCCGGAGCCGCGCAGUUUGUGGAAGCUUGUUAGAUGCAGAAGAGCAUGUUUGUCUCUGCUUUUCAACAUGUUUGUGCAUUUUCCUCCUGAAGUCUGUGGUUUGGUUUCACCUUCUUCUUCAUGUGAACUUAACUGGAGAAAAUGGUUUGGGAGGUAAAAGAUGUUUUAUUUUCAGAAAAUGAAAAGUGUCCUUAAGUGUCUCUCUCUUUCUCUGUGUCUCUCACUUCCUUGCCUCCCUCUCAUCCCCCUCCCUCCCCACUCCCCACCCUUCCUUCCCAGGCAGGAGGUUACCAACUUCCUUGUCAGGAGCAAACCACUGUAAUAAAUUUUGCAGUUCAUUUAAAAAGGCA